AUGGAGGACGAACAGGUAGCUGUGGCGGCUGACCACAAAGCAGGGGACGAGGAAACUUCGUGUUCCCUUCCUGCUUCGGCUCCGCCCCUGGAUUUUCCGUCGCUGUAUCUGGCGGAAGGCUCUCUGCAUUUGCCUUCCUUCGUGGCGCCGUUCUUGCUUGCGGAGACGGCGGACCAAGUCGUCGAGCUUCUGUCCCUCCUCGACGACCCUGAGGAGCUCGCGAGAGACCUCGGGAAGUUCGGACGCGCCCUUCGUCUCCUUCGCAGGCUCCAGCGGACCGGCAUGCUCGAUGCGGUUCCUCUCGAGCAGUGGGUGCGCAUCGCCGCAGGCCUCUCUCGCCUCCUCAUGGGAGAGGCUGAGGAAGACGGAGAAGACGGAGACGAACUCGAAGGAUAUGGGCAAGAAGAAGAGGGAUAUGAUCAGGAAGAAGGGGGAUAUGAGGACGAAGAAGAGGGAUAUGAGCACGAAGAGGGGGAGUAUGAGGAAGGAGACGAUGGACAGGAUGAUGACUUGGGGAGCGGCGUGGAUGAGGAGAGAGAAGGUGCGACGAGUGGAGCUGAAGAGGGCCACAUAGCGGCGGGAGGGAGUACCCGAGAGGGACGAGGAGGGUCACGGAGUCGUCCCAGACGCUUUCACGUUGGCAUUGAGAAUUCCAUUGGAGAGGAUUCGGGGGACGAAGAUGGAGGAAGAAAGCCAGGAGGCAAUGUGCGGCUCUCGACGUCGCAGCAAAUUCGCGUAUGCGACGCUCUCGACGACGUCCUCGACAUCAUCCGGUCGGGGUACUUGCCGCCGCUCUGGAUGAAGCCUGCAACUUCUUCUCGCUAUGCUCAGAGUAUCGCGCCCUCCCCAGCUGCGGGUGGGUGGAGGUCAGGCCUGCGGCUGUCGCGCCGAGGUGUCUAUACACCUCAUUCCCUGGCCAGCCAGCGUCGCGUAUUGCCUCGAAGCAGUGAGGAAGAAACUGCGGACGAAGGCCCAGCGGAUCGAGUCGGCAGCGAGGGGGAGGGAAGCGGCUGUUGCCACGAGGCGGAAAACAGUUUCGUGGCGGAGAGGGAAGAAGGGUCGUGUCUCCCUCACGAAGGUUGCUCGGAGACACAAGUGGAAAUAAGUGAAGGCGGACGGGAAGGCGUGGCGCAGACGCCAUUGGAAUCCCUGAACAAGCAUCUGAAUUGGAGAUGGAUGCUGCUUCAGCUUCUGCGGCGCUUCGACCGCUCCUACAGGGGCCAAGUGGCGAGCAGCACAGCUCGCCGGAAGGCUCUCGUCACCGCCCUCGUUCGUCUCGCUUCGGCCUGCCGCCCCUUCUGGGGUUUCUCGCCUUCCUCCUACGCAGCCCACGUCUCGAACACAAGCACGACCCUUCAGCCACAAGCGUCUGUCCCGUCUCCUGCCUCCUCGUCCGCUCCUCUUCCUUCCGCUUCGCAGUUUCUGCCUCGCGUCUCUGAGUGCCGAGAAUCGAAUCUGGCGUCCAUGGUGAUGCAUGCAGUGCGUCACGGGACUCUGUUCGAGGCGCUCGAUUUGCUGGUGCGGACGACGAGCUUGACGAGCACGCGCCUGUUUCUCCGCUUUCGUUUGCUGCUUCUCUUCGCGCCGCCUUCCUUCUGUUUCUCGCUCGUCAGCGACGGACGCCUCACGCGCCUGUGGGGCUUGGUGGACGGGGCGUUCGCGCCCUCGUGGGACGCGCUGUUUGUCGUGCUGCUGUUCCGCGCAUGCAAGUACGGCUGGGCGACGGGCCAGCCGCUGACCUGCCGGUUGCGACCGCUCCUCCCGUUCCUCUUCCAGAUUCUCCUGCGCGUCUUUCAACUACCGCACUCUGCCCCGGGAGUUGCCGCGAGUCUCAAGCGGCAGCGAGAGACGAUUCCCGGCGAGUACACGCCCCUGCUGGAGAACCAGUUCCACACGCCUUCGCAGGUCGCGAAGGUUUUUGUGCUGCUUCUAGAGCCGCUGCCCGACGCUUUGAUUGGCGACGAAGGGCGCCAGACUGCCGAGAGACAGGGACUGGGGAAGGCCCCCGUGGGCCGCGAGGACUCGCCUGAGACGCAAGCAGAGAAGCCCGAAGGCAUGACUGCUUUCAAACUCCUCGAGUCCCUCCUCUCCACCCUCCUCGUGUUCACGCACCCGUCCUCGGACGGCGGCCGCGGCGCCGCGGCUAUCGGCGCCUUCCUGAACGCCUUCAUCUCGGCUUAUAUUCGGAGAGUCCAACGCGAACGCCUCGGAGAAAACGUCGUCAGUCCGGCGUGUGGCCGCCAUCGGCGCAGCUGCUGUCUUGGCUGCUCUUCGUCCUCGUCCUGUCUCCUCUCGGGCACGCGCGCUACGACCGCGGAGGCGCGGAGAGAAAAGCGAAGGCAGAGCGAGGAAGGACACCAAGACGAAAAAGGGGAGGCAGAGGCAGGAAAGAGGAGGGCGGGGCCUUGUGAGUGUUGCUGGUGUACGGACGGCAUCGAGGAGGCCGCAGGAGAGUUCCUUUGUCGCCGACUCGGACGGCGAGAGGACGAGAAAGUCGUGCAGCUGCUGGCGCCCAUCUUCCUGCAAGGCAUGUUCAGCAAACACAUGGCUGUCGCGUCUUGCUACGAGGACGGGAUGAAACUUCUGUGUCACCUGCAGCCGGAAAAGGUCAUUGAGGGUGUUCUCGAGAGAGCAGCGGCGAGCCUCGAGACCGUCACAGAAGCGAACCACACAAACACUGUCCAGCUGCUGUCGAGGAGCGCUCAGACGCUCGUGAAGUUUGCUCCUUCUGCCCUCCCAACGAUUCUCUCGCUGACCUUGCCCGGCCUCGACCCCGCAGACCCGCUCAAGACGUUUCUCACCUUGUCUUUCUACACAGUUCUCUUCUCGUACAUUCCCCUCAUCGACUGCUCUGGCGUCUCUGAAUCCGUAAAGAGAGAUUUCCAAGGUCGCCUCCGACAGGCGUACCUGCCUCCGCAGGCUCUAACAUGUUCUUGCUCUCCCGCAGGUUCGCCUUGUUCUUCCUGUUCCUGUUUGUCUUCUGUUUCUUCUCGAGAGGAAGGUGUGGUGUAUGGGGAGUGCGCGUCGACUCUGCCCGAGGCGCUGGCGGCUGCUCGGGGACCUCGGCACUUCAUGAAUCUCUCGAAUUUCCCUGGAAGUUUUCUGCUGCAGUCUGACUCGGAAAAAGACAAAAUGCGGCCUCGAGGCACCCACCCUUCUGCCCACAGCGCCUCCUCUUCUGCGUCUUCCUCUUCGCCUUCUUCGCUCUUUGUAUUGUCGGAAGAGAGGCACGGAGGGAGGACCUCAACCGGAUCGGUGGGGCUGUACAGGGUCCAGGAAGAUUGCUGGCAACAGAAAAUACUCUUCGACGAAGAAUUUUUCUUCACGUUGAUCUCGCAGCGGGAGGCCGCGUCGGCAGUCUUCCCUGAGUGGGUGGAUUCAUGGUUUGAGCAAAUUCUCCAACUCGUCAAACACGCUGGCAAGCCGUCGGAAAAGAGCGGAGGCCCGUUAGCGCGUCUCGACCGGGGCACGACGGCAAUUUUGCGAGCCUGCGUGACUGCGGUUGUGUGUCACGUGGAUGAAAAGGUGGCGGCACGAUUGGUCGACAAGUUUCUUGACUGGACGGAGACGUCCUUCUUCGGGGAAGCCGUCAAGCAAGCGCAGAGCCUCGCGGUGCCGCUCGCGGCGGCCAUGCCUGCGCGGAUGCUUGAGAAGCUCCUCGGCCGAGUAUGUGAGAAACUUCUGACAAAAGACGGCGCAGCAGACCUCGAGAAGACACAUCACCCGCCGCAGCGCCGGGACCCGCACACACGCGACAUCGAGGAAGCAACGCAGUCCCCGUCUUCUUCCUUUGUCUUCCCCUCGAGUCGACUUAAGUCGGGCUUGAGUGAGACGGUGAUUCUCUGGCACAUGCGCCUGGUUUGCUCCUCUGUCCGGAGCGCCGGCGCGGAGGUUUUGCGGUUUUCAUCCGAGCUGUUUCGCCUAGCCCACGCAUGUUUCCAACACGAGAGCAAGGAGGUCUUCAAACUAGGCGCUAAACUGUUGCGGCGCCUCCUGGAGUCUUCCCUCGGCGUCUACCCGUGGAGGCUGUGCAGCCAGCGAUGCAUGGGACCUGACGAGUGGCGUGAGGAGGCGAGAAAGAAUUUCGUUUUGCGGUGGGGGGAACCGUUCUGGUUCCAGAAAGGCGCCGAAAAAAUCGACUGGCACGUCCCCUCUGAGGCCGAGGCCGAACUCGCGACGCACGCGGUCUCCUAUGGUAUCCUCGUCUGCAAAUUCCUCCUCAAAGACGUUUUCCCCCCUCUUGAGCCUUCGUCAGCAACCGCUUCUUCUGCUUCGUCUCUUUCGUCUGCCGUCUCCUCUUUCUCCUCUCUCGCUUGCGCGUUUUCGCGAGCAGCCUCGGCCGCUCCAGCGUCAGCUGCCUCGGGACAGGUGGUGGAGCGUCCAACUUCGUCUUCGGAAGGCGCUCGCGAAGAACGCGCGCUCACCGCACGGGAAGAGGAGAGAGACGCGGUGGGCGGGAAACGGCGACUCGCCGCCUGUCGACGACGGGAGAAGCCGUGGCACCGUCCCCUUGAGGAUUUCCGCGCGGUUGCCUACCCCGCCUCGUUCUUCUCGCAGUCGCCCGAAGAAACGGCUUCGUCGCCUCUCGCUCGCUCCUCUGCGCCUUCCUUCGCUUCGAGGCAUUCGGGGACAAGCACCGACUUCCCGACCACGUGCAAGAAACUCGGCGCAGCCGCGCUCCUCGCCCGAGCACUGCUCCUCUGUCGUUCGUUGCUCAAAGGCUGCGCCGUCCUCUACCCAGACGAGCUGCCUCGGCAAACGCGCGGCGUCCCCGUCGUCUCGCCCUUCCCCUUGGAAGACCGACGAGUCUUCAAGAGCGACAUGGCCUCUGUUCCCAGCUCUGUUCCAAGCUGUCUUUCGACUUCUGUUCCGGGCGUCGACUCUCUCGCCUCGUCUUCUUCGUUGGGUGCUAAGACCGACGAGGGUGCUGCGAAGGGAGCAGAGGCGGCGGCCGACGUACCUGACUGCGUGCAGAAACAGGGACGUUCGGCGGAAGCGGAGAAGGUGGAAGGCGAGAAGAAGGAAAGGAGAGAUCGUGGAGAGCAAAGAGGUGCUGCGGAAGAUUUCGCGGAGUCGCUGUAUGGAGGGGGGUUCCGAGUCGGGCCUCUGGUGGAAUUCGCAGCUUCUCUGUUUCUCCGUAUCGACCGCGUGUUUCUUCGGGGAGAAGACAGACACCCUCGCGGCGUUCAGCAAGAGAGAAUCGGAGUCGAUCGUCACGUCGACAUCGAAGCGUCUGUGUCGUCCUCGGCAUCUCCAUCUCCUCCGCUCUCCUCUUCUUCCCGGUCCUGCUCGUCUCCAGUUGUUUCUCUUGGACUCGAGGAAGCGAAGUUGCAGAAGAAGCUGCUGAGGGCGGCUCGCCAGCUUCUCGUGCGGACGUCGGCCGGUACAUCCCUGGAAAGUUUCAAAAGCGUGCGCAGCGGCGACGCAGAUGGAAAAGGCGGAGUCGCCGGUAAAGACGCCAUCGGCUACUUGUCCUGCGACUCCGGCGUCCACGCCUUCUCUUACCUCUGCGACGUUCCUCGAGGCGUUUGGACGCAGACGGUCACUUCGGCGUGGGCACGUCGAGUUGCAGCGAGGAGAAGCGAGCACGCCUUUCAAGGGUGGCGGCGACGCGUUGUUCUCCUCAUUGCGCGGCUCGCAGCCUACCACUACGCUGAGACGCGGCGCGUCGCGCAGCAGGUUCUCCGCGAGGCGUUCGGCGUCAUUUGCGGGGCGCGUCGUGUCGUGGCUUCUCUCCUUCUUCGCGAGUUGUCGGAAAAGUGCGAGCGACAGAUCCGGAGAGACUGCGAGAAGGCGGACUCGGCAAGUUGGCUGCCAUCCGCGCCGGCGUCUCUCGCAUCUCCCCGUCCGACUGUCGCCUCCCCGUCUGUCUCCUCUCCGCCUUCUCGGCUUGCGUCUCCUCUUCAGUCUGAGGGAGAACGAGCCGAGAAGGGAGGAACGGACGGUCGCACUUCGCCUGCACUGUCAGUCAGUGGACCUCCCAGCGAACGCGACUCCGCGGUGGAAGCGGCGCGUCCCAGCUCCGAGGCGUCUCUCGCCUCGCCAGCGACUGCGCUGCUUCUGCGUGGAGACGCCCGCGAGGCUUCACGCGCGGCCAGCGAGCUGUCUUCUUCGGCUGCCUCGCUGGAGGCUGUGGAAACGCCGACAGAAGGAAAAGAGGACAAUCGAAAGCCGGACACGCCGCAAGGCCGCGACCCCACACCAGUCUCUUCUCCCGGAGACAGGACCCGGCUUCCUGCGGCGCCGCCGGCCCACGAGAACGACGCCGAAGAUCUCUUCUACGCACAGCUCACAGGUGUCGCCUACACUUUGAACAGCGAGUCGAUGGCGCGCAGGGUGUGGGGAGACGCUGCUCUGGCGGCGCUCGCUCUCCGCACGCUCCUCGUCGUUUUCCAAGUCAAGAUCGGCAAAGACACCGUUCCGCAACGGUGGGCCGCGCUCACGCAUGCGCUGCUGAACUGCCGAGAGAGCCUGCGGCGGCGUGGAGCGCCCUUCCAAAGACAUCUCGUGAAGGGUGUGCUUCUCCCGCUCCUCACGCGUCUCCAGCAGAAGUCCGCGGACGCGCAUCCCCAGCUCGCGCCGUUGGCCGACAGACAGCCGAGCUGCCACUGGCGAUUCUCGCUCGUCGCCACAUGCAUCGCUGUCUGUUUGAACGGGCCUCCCGUCCCCGAAGUCCUCCCAGAAUACUCGCAGUGGAUCUUGCAGGCCAUAGACAGUCGCCUGCAUCCUCCCCUCCUCAACACCGUCGCCAUGUUCGCCCUUAUGCUGCUCCUUAAGUAUUUCCUCAAACACCCGGAAAAAGAUGUACCCGAGCCGUUUCUGCGUUCUCUGCACGCUUCCACGACGCUGAAGAAAUGGAUCGCCACGCAGGCGAUCAUCCACCGCGAAGGCGCGAGGCCUGCCGGCGCGGGCGCCUCGGCGGUGCGGCUAGCUGGGACCGACAGCGCGUACCAGCUGGUUGUGGACGUGAUAAAGAUCGAUCGAAGUUGGCCGUCAUCGCGGACGAGUCGCGUGUCGAAGGCGCUCUCUCUCCACAACACCCUCUCGGCGAAAACGUACUUUCAGUUCCUCUUUGCGACUCGGGACCGCGUCGAUGCUUGUGUCUCUUCUGGGGGUGGGCAUGCGCGCGGCGAGAACGGAGACAUGCCCGAGAGCUUCUCGUCGCUCUUUCAAACGCUCGGCGAAGAACUUCUCGCACUGUCCAAACACCCGAGCAGCGAGGUCGAGUACCACAUCGCCAUCGUCGAGAUCGUCAGUGGGGCAGCGGCGGCGCUGCGGAAGCAGAACGACGAGGAGAUUCGGCGCGAACUGUGGAAAGGCCUCUGGCCCGCCAUGAGCGUGGCACUCUCAAGACAAGCGGAAGAAGCGAAUAGGGAAGAGCACGAAGACGAAGAAGCGAAUCGGAAAGAGCACGAAGACGAAGAAGCGAAUAGGGAAGAGCACGAAGAGGAAGAAGCGAAUCGGAAAGAGCACGAAGAGGAAGAAUCGUAUCAGAAAGAGCACGAAGAGGAAGAAGCGAAUCGGAAAGAGCACGAAGACGAAGAAGCGAAUCGGGAAGAGCACGAAGAGGAAGAAGCGAAUCGGAAAGAGCACGAAGAGGAAGAAGCGAAUCGGAAAGAGCACGAAGAGGAAGAAUCGUAUCAGAAAGAGCACGAAGAGGAAGAAUCGUAUCAGAAAGAGCACGAAGAGGAAGAAGCGAAUCGGAAGGAGCACGAAGAGGAAGAAGCGAAUCGGAAAGAGCAUGAAGAGGAAGAAGCGAAUCGGAAAGAGCACGAAGACGAAGAAGCGAAUAGGGAAGAGCAGGAAAAGGAAGAAGCGAAUCGGAAAGAGCACGAAGACGAAGAAGGGAGAACGGCAGUCGGUAGGUGGAAAAAGGUGGCGGAGUACAAACAAAUGGACGAGGUGCGUUUGCUCGCGUGGCUAGACGCGAUCCGCUUCGCCGUGCAGCGGCCGGAAAAGAAAUUCCGAGUGCGCCGGAAGGCCUCGUCGACUUGUGUCCCCUCUUCGUGCGCUGCCGGAGAGGACGCGGGAGGAAAGAGACAGAGCGUCCCGGAGGACGAACAGAUACGUCGAAUUCUUCCCUUUGUUAACUUUUGCAUCCAUGCAACGACCGCUGCGCCGCAAAUGGACGGACUCGCGGUUCGCGAGGAGGUGGCCCGUCUCGUCAGCGUCAUCAUAUGUCUCGGCAACGACGAAGAACUUCUGCAGAUCGAACGGGAGAGAGCGUUUCUCGAGGCGCAGCAUCUCAGCGGAACAGCACACCGCUGGCCAACUCCCGCGCUGUGCAACCGUCCGGGAGAAGAAGAGAAGACACCGAACGCGCCCCAGCCAGGAAGACAGAGAGGAGAAGGCGAGGAAGACGCCGGGCGUGCCUCGGAGAGUCAGCUGUACAGGCAGCACACAUGCGGGUGCAACGUCGCGAAAUACAGACGGGAACUGCAGGCACUGCUUCUGAGUCACACAGCUGCGCUUGCGCCUGGGAUCGACGCAGACACAGGCCCUACUGGCGCUAGUCAGCCGGGAGAGAGCAAGACGCCGUUUCUGUGUGGAAGCGCGACGAUUCUCACCACGUGCUUCUACAUGCUUCUGCAACACGACGCCGGGUUGCUGGCUGCCUGCGCGGCUGGCGGCGCGCAUGCGCUUGACUGGUGCAUGCAUGCGUCGGCGGAAUUCCUCGCGAAAUCCAGGGCUCGUGCUCUGACGCCAGAAAAGGUGGAGGGCGCUGGACUCGCGUCCCUUUCCUGUGUGCCUUCUGAGCCAAAAGCGAAAGAGGCGAGCGAGAAGCUCCAGGCCGCCGCAGGCGCUCGAGAGCGCGAGACGAAAGAAGGGAACGAUCGCGACUCUGUUGAGAUGCAUGGACUCGCUGGAGGCCCGCUGAUGUUUCUUCUCGUGGCGACAAAGCACCCCGAUCGAGACAUCCAAACUCUCGCAACGACCGUGGCCAAGCUGCUGUGUCUUCAGCCGUUGCAGCCUCAGAUGCUUCGCGAUUUCUCUGCCCGGAAAAUCGGUCGCGGAGAGAACCGCGUCGAAGGGAGAGAGAAGGCCGCUAGAGAGGACGUGCCGGAGGAAGCGGCGGAAACGAGAGAAAGGGACACGAGAGCCGGGGAGGGAUGCGUUUCGAGGAGAGAGGAAGGAGACGUGGGAGAUGCCUUCACUUCCCAACUGAAGGCGCUCGUAGAGGAACCGGUGACCGCGCAAAUUCACAUGCUUGUCGAGGCCUUCGCCUCGUACAUGCGUCACCCAUCGUGGAAAGUCCGUUGCGCUGCAAUCCGAUUAUCAGAGCUUUUGGGAUGUCAGUACCGCAUGCUGCUGUGCGGAAGCAAGACGUACCGCCGGCUGGUGGAGAGUGGCAUCGCUGGACUGCAAGAUCCUCAACCUGAGGUCCAACAGGCUGCGAAAGGAGCUCUGUCGUUUCUCCUUCUCUCUUGCACAGAGCAGGAGUGCAGGCACUACACCCAAGUUUUCCUGGAAAUCGCUGGUCCCUCGACGCCUGCUCCGCACGCGGCCGAGCGCCGACGGCUGCUCGCAAAGGACGCGGGAAAACAUCAGAGCAAAGAAAAUGCCCACGUGCGUGCUGUCCCGUCGUCUCCGCAUCCAGCUGCGGGCGCCUCUCUCAGCCCUCCACGGAAUCCCCUUGCCGGUGUUUUGGGGCUCGCAGCUCUGGUGCAUGCAGCGCCGUUCCACGUGCCCGACUGGCUGCCCGAGACCAUAACCUGCCUCGCGAAAUACGCAAACGCGAAGAUGAGCGACACCAUCCGGCGCCAAGUCGAGAAGACACUCCAGGAAUUUUAUCGAACUCAUCAGGAUGCCUGGCAACAGCUCCACGUUCACAAGUUCUCGCCCGAGCAACUCGAUGUUUUAGACACCUACAAGGGUCGUCCUACGUACUUUGCCUAG